AUGGGCAUGGGUAUGGGCAUGGGUAUGGGCAUGGGUAUGGGCAUGGGUAUGGGCAUGGGUAUGGGCAUGGCCGAGGGCAAGGCCGCAGGCAGGGGAGGGGUCAGGGGUCAGGGUGAAAUCUCAAAAACCGGUCUCCGCAGAAAAGAAAAAGGGAAAACAACCUGCGAACCUAUUGGGUUGAACACAUAUCCUGUCAAAACACAUCCUUCGCCAAAAAGGAGCAGGCUGCUCCAGUUCCCACUCCAUUCAAUCGAAACGGGAGCGCGUUCGCCGCGAGACAGCUUCCAGUUGGAUUACUCAAUCGACUUCUUCAAGACGUAUAUCGAUACGCAGCGUUUCUACGCCGGCCACAAGUUGGAUUUCAAACAUCAGAGUUGUGCCGGCGGCCCUGGUUCCGGUGGUGGUGUCAGUGGAGUUGGCGGCGCCUCCGGAGGAGUCGUCGUCGGCGGCACCAACAACAACAACAGCAACAGCAACCCCAACAACAACAGCUCGACACAGCAGCAACAGCAGCAACAACAGCAACAGCAACAGCAGCAGCAGCAGCAGCAGCAACAGCAGCAAUCCGCCAGCAACGGCGGCGGCACUUCCACCUCGGCGGCCUUGUCCCUAGCCCAUCCGCUCGCCCACAGCAGUCACGCCCACAGCGGCCACGCCCACAGCAGUCACGCCCACGCCCUAGCGGUAUCACACGGCCAUCACGGAUUGCUGCCGCAGCAGCAGCAGCAGCAACAGCAGCAACAGGCGCAACAGUUGCCGCCGGGCGUGGGAAUUGCCAGUCCGCUGCAACAGCAGCAACAGCAACAGCAGCAACAGCAACAGCAACAACAGCAGCAGCAACAGCAGCAGCAGCAGCAACAGCAACAGCAGCUGAUCAACAACGGAGGCGUCUCCGCCGGCACACCCACGCUGCUCAUCGGCAACGGACCCAGCUCCGCGGGAGCGGGAUCAGGAUCGGUGUCCGCCGCAGCAGCGGCAGCAGCAGCAGCAGCAGCAGCCGCCGCCGCCUCCUCCUCCUCCAUCUCCUCGAUCUCCUCCUCCAUUCCGCACGUGGCGCCCGGGCACAGUCUGGGCCUCAGUCCGCAGUCCAGCGCCGAUUCGCAGCAGUUCAACAUAUUCCCGGCGAUCUUCAGCCGGCAGCUGAACUUCUCGGCCGGCGGACAGGCGGGCAAGCUGAGCAUGGACGAGCUGCGUCCGAAUCUGGUCGGCGGGCUGCUGGGACUGCAGCAGGGCCUGCUGGAGGACCAUGCCAGCAUGCAGCACGGCGGCGUGGCGCAGGACACCAAGUUCAUGUCCUUCCAGGACCAGCGGCUGAUGGGCAUCGGCGGCUCGCACGAGAACCGGCUGCUCAGCCUGGCCAGCUCCGUGCAGGACACGCGCUCGCCGAUCACCACGCUGGAGAAGUCGUCCUCCUCCUCGCUGAACCACCAGCGCAAGUGCAGCAGCACGCCGGAGGACUUCAGUGCCCUCUACUCCGGCCUGCCCACGCCGGGCAUGGACUCGUCCUCGCACCACCACACGCCGGCCCACACGCCGCCGUCGCGCCUCUCCGAUCACACCAUUUCGGCGGAAGGUGCAUUCAAGAAGUUGAAGCCGGAACCCAACAGCGGCCUGUCGACGGUUUCCGCCGGCAUCACCUCGCCCGGAAGUGGACUAUCAUCGCUCAGUCAGCACGCCGGCCACACCCCAACCACAGCGUCCUGUCCGACGCCCGCCAGGCGGAGGCAUCGGACCACAUUCACACAGGAACAAUUAGCGGAACUGGAAGCAGCGUUCGCCAAAUCGCAUUAUCCGGAUAUUUACUGCCGCGAGGAGCUGGCGCGAACAACAAAGCUGAAUGAGGCGCGGAUUCAAGUCUGGUUUCAGAACCGACGCGCCAAGUACCGAAAGCAGGAGAAGCAGCUGCAGAAGGCGCUGGCACCGUCUGUGAUCCCAUCCUGCAACGGGAUGAUGCGGAACAUCCAGGGCUACAGCGUAUCGCGCGGCUAUCAACCGUAUCCGCACCACAACACCAUGAACCGCUAUCCCCAGGACCUUUUCCAAAUGGGCGCCUCCUCGUAUCCGGGCAUGACGCAACCGUUCUCCAUGGCGCACAGCACGAACAUGGGCUCCGUCGGAGUGCGCCAGGACUCGAUGGGCAUGUCGCCGGAGGACGAGUGGUACAACAAGAGUUUGUCCGCCCUGCGGAUGAACUCGUCGCAUCAUCCCAACCUGUCAGCCCCAAUGCUGCAAUACCAGACAUAAUCAAAAACCUUUGACGACUUCUUUUAAAAGAUCGCACCUCAACCGCCUUAAUCGCGGGCCGUUGAUGUGCGCUGUUUUAAGGGAGAGUGCGUCAAAGUCAAACCUUAUCCUGUAACAUCCACAAGCUUCUCUGUCUAUAUCUAUGCAUAUAUCGCUGUAUAUAUGUACAUAGUAUAUAUACGAGUGUGUGUCAGUCAGUCAUUAGUCUCCGGUCUCCAGUCUCCAGUCGCCAGUCGUCAGCCCCAGGACGCGGAUGGCAUCGUCAUCCCGUGAUGAUUCGGGCCUGUCCGAAUUUGAAAUCGUUCAUUGUCGCUUUCAGCUCUGGGCGGGAUUUACUCAUAAGACUUGUUGAUAUUAUUAUGUGGUUUUUUUCAAUAUUUUUUUUUUUUGGACAAACAAGAUCCAAAUCGAAUAAGAGGGGCAAGAGUCAGAGGUAAACAAAUAGAGGAGAAAAAUAUUGUAAUAGGCAACUAGUCAUAGUAUCUAAGCAAAUUGUGUAUUGAGAUUUUAUCGUGGCAUUAUAAAAAGUAAAAUAAAAGAGCAUAAAUCGUGCAUAUAUAUAUAUAUAUAAAUCUAAAUAAAUACAUAUAUACUAAAGUAUGUACUAGCAAUAGCAUAAGUCAGGUUGCUUAGACCCGCCCCCAAUCUGAUCCGAUCAGAUAUACUUCUAGCCCCUAGCUCCCAGCCCCUAACUCCAAAAUCCCGACUCCAUGCAACUCUUUGGUUGCUUUGAUCGACUUUUCAUUGCCUGCUCACUACUCAUUAAAUAUAGCUUACUCAAACAUACGAAGUACAUAAGCUCCUCCACCCAUCUGACCGUUCAU